AUGACGUCGGCCUGGCUGAAGACAUUAGGCAGCGCGGCGGCGGCGGUGGCGAUCGAUGCACAUCCGCAUCGUCGACUCGACAGGAGCACUCGGAGCACUCCGACGGCUCGCGCUCGCUCACUGCCCCUCGGCGGCAGUCUCCCUCAUCGCAUGCCCAGCGUACAGGCGGUUCUGACUCCCAGUCACGAAUGGCUGUAUCUGGGAGUCGGAGGUGCGAUUGGUCUGCUUGGGCUUGUCGCUAUAGCAGCAUUACUAGCAGUUCGAAAACGACGACAGUAUCCUUCGUUGCUUUUACCACCUAAACAGGUAAUCGCCGUACGAAAUGGCUUUCCAAAAGGUCCUGGUGGACUGAAGCAAAGCCCAUCACCGCUGCAGAGUCCUCUUUCAACAGAUUCGUCGCCAAGUCCAAUUGUACCUUUUCAAUCAUUGCUUGAGGAUCGAACGAGAAAAUUAUCGCCAUCCGAGUUACCCUCGGAACGAGGAGUGAUCUCGUUCACGUUGAGCUAUGAUCCAGUAUCGCUCGCGCUACAGGUGGGCGUGGUUGAAUGUCGUAACUUAUGCGAACUUGUGGUCUCACGUGACGGACAAUGUCUGCUGGAUCCAUAUGUGAAACUACAGCUUCUACCAGAACGUGAGCAUCGUGUCAAGACCCGCAUUGUUCGAUCGACUACAUGUCCGAAAUACGAUGAACAAUUCACGAUGUACGGUGUGACUAGCGAACAGAUUACGCAAAGCACUUUACACUUCCAAGUUGUCGCAUUCGAUCGCUAUAGUCGCGACACUGUGGUCGGCGAAUGUGUGUACAGACUUGCUGACGCCGAACUCAUGCUUUAUCAAGAAAUGAGAGUGGAAUUGGCGCUUCAACCGCGCGCCUCCGACUGUGUGGCAGCACGUGGCGAACUGCUGCUAUCCUUAACGUACCAACCAGCUUUUAACAAUCUUACGGUGGUCGUACUAAAAGCUCGUGGGCUCAGCAGAAACGAGAACGGAACAGCAGAUCCAUAUGUAAAGCUGUACCUUCGUCGGGAGAAUGGGGAAAGGAUCGUGAAGAAGAAGACUCACGUUCGUCGUUCCACCGUUAAUCCAGUCUACAAUGAGUCAUUUGUUUUCGAACUUCCGGAAACUAAAAUGGAUAACGCUGUUAUUGAUUUGCAGGUAAUCAAUCAUGACCGUAGCAACCGUAACGACGUUAUCGGCCGUGCGUUACUGAAUCUUGAGGAUCAGCAUGUUGUGGAAGUAUUGGAGAAUCCCGGACGUCAAGUAGCUCAAUGGCACCAUCUCGAUUGA